CCACCAACCAGUGCUUCACCCUGGGGGUUCAGGGGAUUGUUCUCACUGUGCCCUGUGUGUCCCUGUCCCCUCUGUGUCCCCACAGCCACCAGCCAGGGCUUCAUCCUGGGGGUUCAGGGGGUCGUUCUCACUGUCCCCUCUGUGUCCCCACAGCCACCAACCAGUGGUUCAUCCCGGCCGUGCGGGGGGACAUCCCCCCGGGCUGUGCCGCCUACGGCUUCGUGUGUGACGGCACGCGGCUGCUGGUGUUCGGGGGCAUGGUGGAGUACGGCAAGUACAGCAACGACCUCUACGAGCUGCAGGCCUCUAGGUGGGAGUGGAAGCGGCUGAAGGCGAAGACCCCCAAAAAUGGACCCCCCCCUUGCCCUCGGCUGGGCCACAGCUUCUCCCUGGUGGGCAACAAGUGUUACCUGUUUGGGGGGCUGGCCAACGACAGCGAGGACCCCAAAAACAACAUCCCCAGGUACCUGAACGACCUGUACGUGCUGGAGCUGCGCCCGGGCUCGGGGGUGCUGGCCUGGGACAUCCCCAUCACUUACGGGGUGCUGCCCCCUCCCCGGGAAUCCCACACGGCCGUGGUGUACACGGAGCGCGACGGGCGGCGCUCGCGCCUCGUCAUCUACGGGGGCAUGAGCGGCUGCAGGCUGGGGGACCUGUGGACCCUGGAUAUCGAGACGCUGACCUGGAACAAGCCGAGCCUGAGCGGGGUCGCUCCCCUCCCCCGCAGCCUCCACUCGGCCACCACCAUCGGCAACAAGAUGUACGUUUUUGGGGGGUGGGUGCCCCUGGUGAUGGAUGACGUGAAGGUGGCCACGCACGAGAAGGAGUGGAAGUGCACCAACACCCUGGCCUGCCUGAACCUGGGUGAGGAGGGGGCUUGGGACCCCCAAAACUGACCCCAAACCCACCCUGA